CUCAGUCAUCAGUUUUUGACACAAUUUCGGGACGUGAACCGCUUAAAGCGUUGUCACUAAACAACACUCCACACUAUGGCGUCUGACGGCAGCGUCGUUCCUCUGUCUAUUAAGAAACGAAUUAUGCACACCGAAGGGAACUCCAAUGCUGCGUUCGAAAUUUCGGAAACUUCUCCGAAGCUGUAUCCAGAUAUCCAAAUAAAUAAUGGUGAAAAACGGAAGUUGUCUUUUGAGUCCAGCACCAAAUCUGGCGGAGAUGACGGUGAUGAUGACGUACUUCCUGCGAUCACAAUCACCAGUGUUGAUGACCUUUCGAAGAAUGUGGAAAAAGAUGGCGGGCUCAUCUAUAAAAUAACUGACCCCGUUCCUAUACACCUUAACAUUUUUUUCGCGUUACAGCAAGCUCUGUUGUCCCUGUCUACGUCACUGGCGGUGUCCUUGCUGGUGGCUCAGGUCGUGUGUGCCGAAGAUAAUGAGGACUUCAAGGCCAAACUUCUCAGUUCUACUCUAUUUAUGAACGGAAUCACAACACUCCUUAUGGUCACUCUGGGAAUAAGACUGCCACUGUACCAGGGGGCCACACCGGAUUAUGUUGCCCCACUACUGGCAAUGGCUGAAUUAGACAAAGACAGGUGUAACAACACACGGCUCAUUUCAGUAUUCAACAACAGCACAAACAUGACAGAAUUGGUGUUCCCUGAGGGCACUGAUGAAAUCAUUCUGCAGGCAGUUCAGGGGUUACAAGGCAGCUUAUUGGCUGCUGGUGCCAUACACCUUUUGAUAGGAGCCACCGGAUUGGUUGGAGUUUUGCUGAGAUUCAUCGGUCCUGUAACCAUUGUUCCGACGAUCCUUUUAAUUGGCAUUUACAUGGUGAAGUCGAUCACUAAAUUCGCACAGUUCCACUGGGGCAUUUCAUUAAUGACAUGCGCGAUCGCUAUUAUACUAUCGCUGUACCUCGGUAAGAGAGAGAUGCCGAUACCGGUGUACACAAGGAAAAAACAAUGUCAUGUCAUUCGAUACCCUCUACAUCAAGUCUUCGCUAUACUGAUAGCUCUAGCGGUCGGCUGGCUACUAUGUGGUAUACUGACGGCGGCCGGCGUGUUCAGCACAGACAGGGCCAGUAAGGACUAUUACUCUAGAACAGACGCAAGAACUGAUGUCAUAAGUAGAGCCAGCUGGUUCUAUUUCCCCUAUCCCGGUCAGUUCGGAAAAAUUGGCUUCAACAUAUCAGCAUUUGUUGGAUUUUUCGUGGCAACAAUUGUUUCCAUAUUGGAUUCAAUUGGCGACUACUACGCAUGCGCUGCAACCUGCAAUGUUCCACCGCCUCCUGCGCAAGGCGUUAACCGGGGUAUCGCCAUUGAGGGAUUUUGUUCUGCGCUUUCAGGAGCAGUUGGUUGCGGUCAUGCAACUACCACCUACGGGGGUAAUAUAGGAGCCAUUGGUUUGACAAGGGUUGGAAGUCGGUGGGUUUUCAUUACCGUCGCCCUCAUCUAUAUAGUAUUUGGUGUCAUUGGAAAAGUAUCCGCUGUGUUCAUCACAAUACCGUAUCCGGUGCUAGGUGGCGUCCUCAUCGUCAUGUUUGGUGUCUUUAAUGGCGUCGUCCUGUCAAAUCUGAAGUCUGUGGAUCUGUCGUCCACUCGGAACCUUGCUAUCAUCGGAACCUCUCUACUUGUUGGUCUGAUGAUCCCUCACUGGGUGGAGGAGUACGACAACGUCAUCGACACAGGUAAUAAAGAAGCAGACGAUAUUAUCACCAUGAUUCUAGGGAACCCUAACCUGGCAGGCGGUGUCCUGGCAUGUUUCCUUGACAACACAAUUCCAGGAACUAGAGAAGAGCGAGGCAUUGCGGCCUGGGAGACACCAGAUGAUACCAGCGCUUCCGCUACCACUGGGUCCGACUACUCAGAAGGAUACGAAGUGUAUAACCCUAUCUUCUAUGAUAGGUACAAGAAUUCCAAGAUACUACGGUUUCUGCCUUUCAUGCCGAAUCCUCUACAUCACGGGUCUAAAGAAAGGAGUUUAUCUCAUGACUUCGGCAGACGGCGUAGUCUGUCUGGCUCUGCCAUCUUGUCCUCCACACGCUGAUGAUCAGGAUACCGCGACUUCUGAUGACCACAAAGCAUUGUGGUUUCUCGUGCCUUGACUUCAAACGUUGAAAGAGCAAAGGUUGUUUGACGACGGAGUCCAAUGAACGUCAUCGUUCUGAACCACAGGCGUUUACAACAAAAUUUAAUCGAAAGACGUGAACUUAAUCUUGUCGUUCGCACUUCUACACGCUCAGGAAGGAGCACAAACACAAAGUCCCUAUCACUGUAUUUAAUACUGGCGUGAUUUAUUUGUAUACAGUGAAUAACUUGUGUGUUAGGAACAUCGGUUCCUGAUGUCACACAAAACACUCGAUGUCUAGUUACUAGUUUUUCCCCUUUAGUACGUUUAUUGUUUAGCGUAUCAAUGUAUCAUCCUGAACACCAAAAUUUGUAUUUGUAUUAACACGAUACAUGGGUUUAAUGAAUCCCUAUUUUACACGAUACAUGGGUUUAAUGAAUCCCUAUUUUACAUGAUACAUGGGUUUAAUGAAUCCCUAUUUUACACAAUGUUAAUUAAUCCUUAUUGUAUAUGAUUAUCUUUCAUCGAAAAAUAAUAGUUACCUAUAACUAAUCUCUAUUCUACCUGGCGCGUCUUUCAACCAAUUAGGGUACCUACUCCAUAAUCUAUGCUCCUCUCAACCAACCUGUUUUCUACAAAAUAUGUCCCUUUCUUUUAAAUUCUACUUCAUUAAUGUCUUUAAAAUAAUAUAAUCGGCAAUGUGUUUUUACAUUAUCCAUUUUGAAAGAUGUUCCUUUUAAACUAAAAUCUAUUCUGCCUGCAGGUUUGUGCCUUUCCACUUAUCUCCGUUCCUUAUGGUGUCUAAGAUGUGUCUUACACUGUUCAUUGUUCCACGAUACACAUAUUUCCCUUCAAAAUAAUCAAUUUAAGAGACGUGGGUCUUUCAACUUUCAACUUGUCACCAUUCAACACAUUGGGUGUUUUUAAAAUAGCAUAUUCUACAUUAUGUGUUUUUACAUUAGUCUGUUUUAUAAGUUACCUACCUUUCAACAAAUACAUUCCUCUUUUCAAACUUCCACAUCGUCAUUCAGUUAAUCUCCGUUCUACAAGAUGUGUCCCUUUUCAACAGAUAACCAGUUUUAAUAUAUAUGUUGUCGCGUUAAUUCUGUUACUAACACUCAUUCUCUUGGUCGGUAUAUUUAUAUACCUGCCAUGAAGUAAGGGGGGAGUACUCCGACUCUCGUAACAUAACAGGAUACUUUCACUUAGAAUGCUCUGCUAUAUAUACUGUAAAAGCCCGUUGUCCACAUGUCCUAUAUGUUUAAACGUUUUCAAUUUCUUGCUGUUCUCGGAACAAGAGUGUUUUGCGUCAUGAUUUCAACAGCAGCAGUUGACUCUUGCACCUGAUGUCAGCUCCGCAACAUCGAACAAGAGUAAACCUUUGUAUUUAACGUCCUCCGUGCUACAGUUGAACGGACGGAUACAUAGAACCAAGUGCUAAUAGAAUAUAAAAAUCCAUAUAAAGUCUUAUAAUCAGCA